GAAACGACAUUCUGCGCACUUCAGUGCAGUUCCGAGCUUGCGACUCGCGCGGGGAACGCUGGGAGUUCGUACUUCCUGCAAUCCCGCGGGAGGAGAUCCGACCGUAAAUCCUCACGACAUGGACACAGACGUCGAUGAGAGCAACGUGAGCCGCGAAAUGGAUCCCUCGCCUCCGUCGCUCUAAUAAUAAUCACCAGAUAACCACACACCGCGCGAGAGAGUCGUUGCAGCGAUGUCGUUGCGCCCGAAUCUUGUUAGAUUCUUCAGGCAGUCGUCGAGCAGGCUGUCGCGGCGCUAUCGCGGCGAUAUCAUCGCGAAUCUGAGAAAAUGGCAUCGUCCGAUGGUAACAACGAGUCACUUUCGCCCGUUGAUAACGCGCCGUCUCGAUCUCGAUCUCGCCCACGGCGUCGUCGGCGGCGUCCGCCAUCUCGCCUCGACGCUUUCCCGCGUCCAGCCGGCCGUCAAGAUCGAAGUCAACGCGCUGUGGCCCAUCGAGCGGGAGGAGACAGAGGAGAUAGGCCUGGAAGAGAAAGAUUUUCUGCAGGAUGCCCGAGAGGCGAUUCUAAUAUUGGCUAGGAUCAUGGUCAUCAGUUCGGUCAUCAGCACCCUGCUCGCCGCUUAUCUGAUAACGCGUUUGACGCACGCGACUUCGUUCUCUACUAUCUUACGGAAAGCUGUCGAGUUUCUCGGGCCGAUCUUUGUCAAGUUCGGCCAGUGGGUAUCCACGCGAAGGGAUAUCUUUCCGCGGGACGUCUGUGACAGCUUGUCUCAACUCCAACAAAACGUGACGCCGCAUUCUUGGCUAUACACGAAACGCCUGCUCAAAGCCACGUACGGCUCUUCUUGGCGGAACUUGUUCGUGAAGUUCGAUGACGAAGGACCGAUUGGGUCAGGAUGCUGCGCGCAGGUGUAUAAGGCGUGGAUAGAUUUGAACGAGAUUGCGGGCAUUACAGUGGCGGGAGCAAAUCCCCAAGUGUCACGUUUCGUGGAAAACGAGGCUCCCAAUGAAAAUGACGAAAACGAUAAGGUCGCUCCUGCCGGUCCGGCCAGGAAAUUGCAAGCCGUAGCGGUAAAAGUGUUGCAUCCUGGAAUCAAAGGCCAACUCAAAAGGGACAUCGCGAUAAUGCGCGGCCUUUGCAAGUGCGCCACGUACUUCAUACCGGAACUGCAUUGGCUCAGUCUCACGGAUUGCAUCGACGAAUUCGCGCGGAUAAUGCAAGACCAAGUUGAUAUGCGACUGGAAGCCGCGAAUCUCGCGAGAUUCUCAGCGAACUUCUCGAGGAGGCGCGACGUCGUGUUUCCGUAUCCGUACGUGCACCUGACCCGUCGCGGAAUACUCGUCGAGACCUUCCACGAGGGCUCGCCGAUAUCCGACUAUCUCGAGCAUGACGACGCCACUUUUCAACGGAAGCUUGCCAAGAUAGGCAUCGCGACGGUCCUCAAAAUGCUGUUUCAGGAUAACUUCAUUCACUGUGACUUGCAUCCGGGCAACAUUCUAGUCGAAAAAGCGGUUGUCCCGAAGGCAGGCCUGUUUAGCAUCAUUCGGCGGGUCAUUACCCCUAAUUACGUGGCGGACGGCCCACGCUUGAUUAUAUUGGACUGCGGUUUAGUGGCAUCGCUGAGCGAUCGCUGCCGACGAAAUCUCCGAGACGUUUUUCAUUCCGUGCUAAUGGGAAACGGUGAAAUGGCGGCGCAAUAUAUCCUGGAGCACAAUUCGUACACGACUCCUGAUUCGGAUGGAUUCAAACGCGCGAUGAAGAACAUUGUGAAAGCCCAUUAUGGCAGGCCGCUUAACGUGAGUGUGAGUACCGUUGUGACGGAAUUAUUUUCCGCGAUGAUCCGUCAUCGAGUCAAGCAGGAUGCAUCCUUCAGCAACGUGAUCCUCAGCGUGCUGGUGGUCGAGAGUCUCGGCCGACACCUGGAUCCUAAGAUCGACAUUUUCGCAGAGAUCCUACCCUUCGUCGUCAACAGCGCCAUAUAUGGCGUCUGAAACGAGAUUCUAAAUAAAGAUACACCGUUAA